ACGACCUCAGGCCUGUAUGGAGCCACGCCCUCCCGAGCGCCAUGCUGGGUGUUCGCGGCGCGGGGCUCGCGCGGGGCCUGCGGGUAAUGACGCAGGCGUGGCUGCGGGAUUCCGGCGCGCUGGCCCUCGCGCGCGCGGCCGGCACGCCCCGCGCCAGGCACUGGCAGCCUUCUGCCGGGCCGGGACCGCGCACGCGUCGGCUCAGCCUGUCGGCCGCCGCGGUCGUGAACUCGGCGCCCCGCCCCUUGCAGCCCUACUUGCGCCUCAUGCGUUUGGACAAGCCUAUUGGAACGUGGCUGUUGUACCUGCCAUGUACUUGGAGCAUUGGUUUAGCAGCUGAACCAGGUUGUUUUCCAGAUUGGUACAUGUUGUCCCUCUUUGGCACUGGAGCUGUUCUGAUGCGUGGAGCAGGCUGUACUAUUAACGACAUGUGGGACCGGGACUAUGAUAAAAAGGUUGUAAGAACAGCAAGUCGUCCAAUAGCUGCUGGAGACAUCUCAAUUUUUCAAUCCUUUAUUUUCCUCGGGGGACAGCUGACCUUGGCACUGGGUGUUCUUCUGUGUCUGAAUUACUACAGUAUAGCUCUGGGAGCAGCAUCCCUACUUCUUGUCAUCACCUACCCGCUAAUGAAAAGAAUUACAUACUGGCCUCAAUUAGCCUUGGGGUUGACUUUUAAUUGGGGAGCAUUACUUGGAUGGUCUGCUAUCAAGGGCUCCUGCGACCCAUCUGUUUGUCUGCCUCUUUAUUUUUCUGGAAUUAUGUGGACGCUAAUUUAUGAUACUAUCUACGCUCACCAGGACAAAAGAGAUGAUGCUCUGAUUGGUCUUAAGUCCACGGCGCUGCGGUUCCAUGAAAACACCAAGCGGUGGCUUAGUGGCUUCGGUGUGGCGAUGCUGGGGGCACUGAGCCUGGUGGGAGUGAACAGUGCUCAGACCGUGCCCUACUACACUGCUCUGGCUGCUGUAGGAGCCCAUCUGGCACACCAGAUUUACACUCUAGAUAUCCACAGACCUGAGGAUUGUUGGGAUAAAUUUACCUCCAACCGAACACUAGGACUAAUAGUUUUGUUAGGGAUUGUCCUCGGGAAUUUGUGGAAAGAAAAGAAGACAGAUGAAGCAAAGGAAGGUAUGGAUAGUAGAAUAGAAAAUUAGCAAAUGAAGUGGAUCUAGGAAUGUUUAAAACAAAUUUUACAAAACACUCUCAGGUCUUGUUACCACAUAAUUAGAUUUGAAUAAACAGUCUUGCAAUAUGUUAAAGAAUUAAGAACCACGAGAUGAAGACGUAGACCAUAUUUGCCUGGAUUUAGUUCAAGUAUUUUCUAGGAAAAUCCUUCCCCUGUCUCAGAAACCAGGAACUCUUUAGCAUUUGAGUGACCUUGAGUACUUAAGUGGAUGCAUUCUAACUGCUCAUAAUUCCCAUCUGCAGUACGGUAAUGGUAGGAGUUUCGGCACUUUAAAAGACACCUGAUUUGUAUCUCAUCUAAAUGAAUGAAUGUGGGAAAAUGGACUUUACUUUUAGGGAAAAAUAAAAGCUGGCAAGUUGGGGUUUAUUGUGCUUUGUUAUGACCUUUACUCACUGCCAAAAGCUGUAAGUUAGGAAACCAUUCUGUUUUUUUAUAUUUUAGGAGAAUUUAAGUAAAUAAAAGCUUUUAUCUACAAUA